AGGAGUGCUCACUGCUCCAGACCUGUUUAUACGACCGGGCUCAUACAUAACACACGGUUUCGAAUUCUAUUUCCCACGUAAUUUGAACGAUUAUUUUAAUGCGACAAUUAUAGUGAUUAUAAAAAAUUACAAAUAUGGCAGGAGGGAAAAAUAGUCAAACUGGAUUUCAGCCGGAUUCCGACGUUCAUAUCACUUUCGAGGAACAGCAGAAGAUUAAUAAGUUUGCAAGACAAAAUGCUAAGUUGGAGGACUAUAAGGAAGAACUUAGAGUAAAGCAGAACGAAUUGAAGAAUUUGGAGGAUGCUUCCGACGAACUCGCUCUUAUGGAUGACGAUGUAAAAAUACCGUAUUUUAUUGGAGAAGUGUUCAUCUAUCAUUGCCUGGAGAAGACGCAGAGCUCUUUGGAAGAUGCUAAAAGUAAGAAAAAAGAAGAGAUUGCGAGAUUAGAAGGCAAAUGUGUAGAUUUGAAGACUAUCAUGACUGAAUUAAAAACACAAUUGUAUGCAAAGUUUGGUAGUCGUAUAAAUUUGGAAUCCGAAGAAUCGGAUUAAUAUUCUUAUUGAGACGCAUUGAUUACCAUUUAAUAUUAAAAAUACAUUUAUUACAUUAUUGAUAUUUGCCGAUGUAAUUUUGUUCAUUUAAAUUAUAAUUAAUAAAUAAUUGUUUGUAGAUUUAUAUUGCUAUAUCUCUAUGACGCAAUUUCUCCUGAGAAGCUUAAUGUAGUGUAAAGUAAGAUUUUUAAAUAUUUCCUGCAAAUAUAUAACAAGUAAAGCCUUUUUUUUUUAAGAGUUAUUUUGAUUGAUGCUUCUUGAUUGAAGAUUUCCGAGUUCUGGAGUUACAGUGUUACAGUUCAUUUAGAAUCUGACGGGAUACAGAUUACAAUAAUUUAUAAAUUUCCAAAUACUUGUUACAUAUACUUCUUUUAAUUGCUUCAAUAACUGUAUGUUGAAAUUAUAUCUUUAUAAAAGGGCUGAUUAGUCCCAAUAAAUAUUCUUCACACCAA